UGCUCUCUGCUCUCACGUCAAUCUUUGUGUCUCUUCAUCACCACCGCCAGCGUCCACCACCGAAUCCGCGCAUCCGAUUCACCUUCGCCUUCUUCUUCGCCUGCACGUUUCCUCCCACGUUUAUCCUUUUCCUAACACUCACUCUCUUCAUCUCCCUCUCUCUCUAUCCCCAAAUUUCCCCCACUCACAGAAAAUCCUCCUUUCCCUUGCACCAUCCCCGAAUGACAUCUUGAUGUUCUUCGGCUGCUACCGAGUGCUUACUGCAGAGAUCUAAUCUCCGCUCCACCAAUUCCAUUCAACCCCACCAUUGCUUGCCGUCGUUUUUGCGAUAUUGCGUACCGGUACAUCGACGACAUCUCUCCUCCGCUGCUUCCUCCAUCGCCAUAUCGCAACAUCGCUACACUUUCCUUUCAGCCCUCCCUGCUGCCUUCCGUGUGCAGCUAUCCUGCCAAACAUGAGCGGUUUACCCCCGCCGUUUGCGCCGGGAAGCGGUGCCAAUGGCCAAUCUACCGGCGGUACCUCUGGGAGCGGUGCUGGGGCUGGCAACGCUCGUCAGGUCCGCCAGCGUCCCUCGGGUGACUUCCGUCGUUCCUCCACUGGUGGUUCUCAAGGAGCGCAGCCAGUUCCAGGUGGUCGGAAUUCGACCGGUGGACUUCCAGCUCCGGUUCAACGUCCUUUUGGACCCGCGAGUCCUCCAAACAAGAACACGAAGCAUGUACCCUGCAAGUUCUUCCGUCAAGGAGCCUGCCAGGCUGGAACGGCUUGCCCAUUCCUCCACACCCUCGACGUCGUUACCCCGUGCAAAUAUUAUCAAAAGGGUAAUUGCAAGUUUGGGAUGAAAUGCGCCAAUCAACAUAUCAUGCCUGACGGCCGAAUCGCAAACCGUCCAAACUACGGAAUGGGUUCCUCUCAACCUCCAGUUGCUCUCGGGAACCGCGUCGCACUCCAUUCACCCACUACACCCGCACCACCGUCAUCACUCCUCACCCUUCAAGCUCAGCGCAACCAAGGUCCACCCGGCGCGAUUCGACCGGGACCAAAUGGGGAAUACACCUACGGGCCUGCUCAGCAGUAUAUGGGCUCCAUGGGGAUUGGAGGCGAUAUGAACUCGUUGCUCGAUCCCUCCGCACACGAUCUCGGUUCCUCUCCGACCUCCAUGGCCCGCAGCUACACCAUCCGAGACGCCCCCCUACCUGAAUCAUUCGAUCCGCAAGGGGUCAGCGUCAUCCCCCGCACUGGUCCCAUGGCAGCUAGCGUUCCCGCACAUUUCGGCAUCGAUCUAGCCAGUCCCCAACCCGUCGCGACUGGGAAUAACAAGACCGGUUCUGGCCUCAGCUUUACCUCCGGAUCGCCUGCUGCAGGUCCGCUUCGUCAUGGAACUGGGAUUGACGCCGUGGUCAACAGCCGGAACGUCCAAAGCACCAACCGAGGAUUUCCAUCCUUUGGUUCAUCCCCACCUACCAUCAGUGAUGAUCUAGCUAGCGGUCGCCGCACCAUGCAUUCGGAUCGGUACCGGAAUCUGAAGCAACCUUUCCUGUCCGCCAGCCUUGGAGCGGCCGGCUCGCGAAGUCCCAUGGGGUUCGGCCCCAUGAACUCCAUGCGCUCGCCAUCCGGAUACGAUGCAGCUCGGGCAUCCGAUGCCGACGCAGGAGAAUGGGACCCCGCCAUGCAGCUGGAUGAAGACCUCCUCGAACGUGACCUGAGAGCAAGCCUCGACAUCGACAACAAGCCCCACAAACCUCUCACCGACCGCCGCCUCUCUCGAAACGGUGAAGACGAUGCCUUCAACAUGCGACCUCUGAACGCAGCGCUCAGCUCCCCCCGCCUCGACCCAUCCUCCAGCUUCCGUCCUCUCGGCCACCGCCAUUCCCUCUCCGGCCUUGGCUCCGAGAACGUCCUCGGAAGCAGCUUCGGCGCUGUCGGUACCCCGGGCAGCAAAGUCGGCAGCCCCCCCAGCGGUUUCGUCGGCAGCCCUUCGCGUUUCAGCCAGUUCUUCUCGAAAUCUACCACCAAAGAGUCUUCGACCACCACGAACGGCAACACCGUCGACCCCCCUUCCAAUAACGGCGCCAUGCCCAUCAGUAAGGCCCCGAGCAACCCCGGCCCCAGCCCCUUCGGCCACGUCGGCUCCCCGCUCCGCACAGCCAGCUUCGGCGUCGGUUCGCCCGAAGGCGAUCUCAACGCGGGCUUCUCGAGAAGCCCCCCACCGCAUCGAAAGAACAGCGGCUCCCUAAGCGUCCUGAGCCAGCAACUCCAACGCACGAAACGCAGCGGCUCCACGACCGAACCCAGCGACAUCGCCGAGCAGCCCCCCUCCCGAACGACUGCCGACACCGCGAGUCUUGCGCCCGCGCCCGCGCCGCCGAUGAAGCGUAUCACGUCGACGUCGUCGAAUAUCCCGAGCCAUGGCAUCGCGGAGACGGAGGAGGAGGAACUAUUCGAAAUGGAUGUGGAGGAGGGGCUGUCGCCUGGGGGUGGGAAGGCGGAUGCGGAGGAGAAGGGGAGGGGGAAGCGGAGUAGUUGGCAGAAGGCGUGGGGUCAGGGGUUUGAUGGCGUGGGACGUGGAUUGGGCGUCAGGGGCCGCUGAUUGAGGCGGGGCGGAACAAGAUGUGCUCGUUGCUUAAUGAACGGUGCAUUGCUGGAAAAGAUGAACGAGCAGACGGCGGUGCUUCGACUCGGGAUUAUGUUGCCAUCCGGCGUUUCUACC